UAAAGGCUUAAGCUUUUUUUUUCUACUGAAGACCCAGAUAAAGCUUUCGACUUUCGGACAAUGGCGACGAAGCUGUUUUCUCCGCCGUUGUCUUGUCCAUGGGUGACUUCAAGAGACGUAGGGAUCAAAAGGGUUCUUCCACGGCGGAGACGGGAAUGUGAGACGAAGCGGAACAGAGUCUCCGCCGUCACCGCCAUGGUUGUGGAGCCUCUCUCCGCCGUAUCUUCUUCCGCGAUUCAGAUUCAUCAAUGGUGGGAACAGAGCCCUAGUUCGUUACUGUUGAUGGCGGAGACUGGUGGUGGCUACUCGUUAGCUAGCUACUAUACGUCUUUGGGUUUGUUCGUUAUCUCAGUUCCAGGACUUUGGUCUCUCAUCAAACGCUCUGUUAAAUCAAAGAUAGUGAGGAAGACGUUCGUUGUUAGCGAAGGGAUCAAGAAGGAACCAAAGCAAGUUGCUGGAGAGAUUCUUUCUUUCUUCACAAGGAAGAACUUUAAUGUUACUGACCGUGGAGAGACAAUCACGUUUGAAGGAACAAUGGUUCCGAGUAGAGGACAAGCUGCUCUACUCACGUUCUGUACAUGUAUAAGCUUAGCAAGUGUGGGUCUUGUACUAACCAUUACAGUUCCUGAUUUUGGAAAUAACUGGUUCUUCAUUACCAUUCUUAGCCCACUCGCAGGAGCGUAUUACUGGAAGAAGGCGUCGAGGAAAGAGGAGAUCAAGGUGAAGAUGAUGGUGGGAAGAAAGGGGAAACUGGAUGAGAUUGUUGUUCAAGGAGAUGAUGUGCAAGUUGAAGAGAUGAGGAAGGAACUUCAGCUUAGUGAGAAAGGCAUGGUUUAUGUUAAAGGUCUCUUUGAGAGAUCAUGAAAACAUACACAUUCAAAUCCCAUUUUUGCUUUUCUUUUUUUAGGGGGAAAGAGAAUGUACUGUUGAAUGAUGAGAUCAAAUGACCAUUUGACUCAUUUCAUCAUACUAAAUGAAUUGGUUUUCGUUACAAAUCAAUAUAAUGUCAUGAGGAUGGGUUCUUGAUA